AUGAGGGCCGAGAUUUGUACUCUUCUUCCCUCAACUGAAGGAAAUGAGGGACUUGUUGAACUUACACUGUCAGCAAACCAUGGAGUUACUCAUCUGGGAUGGACCCAGCUUGCCAUAACCAUUGCUGCAAAUUCACAGUUGCAAAAUCUUUAUCUUGACUACAACAACAUUGGUGAUUAUGGUGCUGGUGAGCUUUCUGUUGCCCUGGCUGCGAGCUCUUCACUAGAAAUUGUCGAUUUGGAAGGAUGUGGGGUGAGUGAAAAGGGGGUAGAGAUGCUCUUGCUGUUAUUGCUAAUUACCCCACAAAAAUGCAGGAACUUGUAUUGUUUGAAGACAAUGUCAGCGUGGAACUUAUUGGGCAGAUCAGUGACUGUUUGA